UAACCUCUGCAGGGGGCGGAUGCUGGCUAACGCACGAUACAUCAAAACGGAGCCGCGUUUCAGACGCCACACUUUGGGUUGAGGAGGGAUGGACGAGGGCUCCGAGUUAUCGCUGACCAUCGCUCACAUCGUCCAGCGGCUGAAAGGAAGCCAUUUACACUCUCAGAUAGAGAGACGAGCCAAAGAGUGUUUACAUCAACCUGACAUCAAAUUGGAUUCCCUAAAAGAAGACGUGCGCAGUUUUCUCAAAACAUCAGGCUGGGAGAGACAGCUACAGAAUGCAGUGUACAGAGAACUGCAAGUCCAGCUGCCCCCGAGUCAUCCCGCAGCUCCUCCAGAGCAUCUCAAAGAGCCGCUGGCCUACAUGCGAGCGGCACAGGUCAGUCUGUCUCUUCUUAUCUCCGUCACCCCUCACUCUCUCUCUCUCUCUCUCUCUCUCUCUCUCUAUGAUUUCAGAGACAUAGACCCUGUUGUUGUUGUUGUUGUUGUUGUUUGUUUUUUAUCACCCAGGUACCACGGUAUCCGAAGCCAAGUAGUUCUGAACGUGUGUGUGUGUGUGUGUGUGCUCUCUCUCACGCAGGCCGGCUGGGAGAAGCGUGUCCUCAAAAGCCUGAACAGCAUGAGUACAGAACUUGGAGUGCCUCUGGCUCGCAUGAGGCCGGCGGCGGAGCAGAAGGAGCUCGCCAACAAAUGGAACGAGAUGGGCACAGAUGAACCAGAUCUAACGAGCGUCAGGCCUGUAUAUGCCCCGAAAGACUUUCUGGAGGUGUUAGUCAGCCUGCGCAAUCCGAAUCACGACAGCAGCGAGGACGUCAGCGUUAGGAGCCACUGGGGUCUCAUCCAGGUCCCCCUCAAUGUCCGGGACAUCCCGCAGCUGAGACGGGCCUACUCAGAGCUCAACCUUACCUCGGGGCAGCUGGGGAUUGAUGACCAUGCACACAUCCAUCCAGACUUGUUUGAAAACGAGUAUGUUCAAAUCGGGAAAAAAGUGGUUAUGGAGCAGGACAGUGCAGCAGCGCAGCAGUACAGCAGGCAGGGCUGUUCCACGGGGCUCCGUGCUGACCUGUGGGCCCUCAUCCUGAACUCUAAUAACCAGCCACAGGAUGUGAUGCAUUAUGAGCAGCUGACGGCUGGAGUCAUACAGCAUGACCUGCUGGUGGACAACCUCAUCUAUAAGGAUGUGAAGCUCACUGCCAGUAACGACGACUACUACUUUGUAUUUGAAGAUUUUCUCUACCAGGUGUUGCUGUGUUUCUCUCGAGACACUGCCGUCUUGGAGCACUUCAAAUACAACAGUGCCACUCCUCCCAGAUCCUUCGUCCAGGGGAAGGGAGGAGAAGAGGAGUGUGCUGUGGUUUAUCCUCCCAACGGUGUAAUCCCUUUUCAUGGGUUUUCGAUGUAUGUGGCACCUUUGUGUUUCUUGUACAACGAGCCGUCCAAGCUGUACAGUGUAUUCAGGGAAAUGUACAUCCGCUACUUCUUCAGAUUACACUCCAUCUCUUCCUCGCCCUCGGGGAUCGUGUCUUUGUGCCUGCAGUUUGAGCGGCUGCUCCAGACCCACCUGCCUCAGCUCUUCUACCACCUACGACAGAUUGGGGCGCAGCCGUUGCGUAUAGCCUUUAAGUGGAUGGUUCGGGCCUUUUCUGGCUAUCUGUCUACCGACCAGCUGCUUCUUCUCUGGGACCGAAUCCUGGGAUACGAUUCGCUGGAGGUAGUUGCAGUCCUAGCAGCCGCUGUGUUUGCCUUCCGCGCUGAGAACCUGAUGGAAGUGACGUCCCUGGGCUCAGCCGAGGCUGUCCUCGCUGACCUUUCAACUCUGAAAGUCAUGCCACUCAUCCAGAUCUUUCUAUUCGCCAUGGCCAUCUGAGGAGCACUGGAAAACGAUGGGAUAUGAGUCGUGGUACGUACAUACCACUUGGAGCAGACGGAGACAGAUGCUACCAAAAUGCCACUUUUGCAAUGCUUAUAACCACACCGACACAGUGUUGGCAAUCAUCCACCAACAAACACCAGGCUACAGGGUGGCAUCUCUUGCAUCUCUUGCACUAUAGUUCAGACAAAAAAAAGCCAAAUUAGCAUGGAUGUACCAUAAAUAGUGAAAUGUUAUUAGAUAUUAUACAGUAUGUAAGUAUAGCCUACUAAGCAGUAAGGUUAAGCUAACCUCCCUAAGCCAUAUACUCUGCAGGAAAGACGAUACGCGCAGCAGUGCUUGGAUCAGCUAAGACGCUCCGUUCAGAGACGCGUUGCAUGAAGCAGUAAUUGUAUUGAGAUGGCAAAAGGGGAGAACAACAGCAACAUCUCCAAGCUUGGCUAAUAAAGCGUUAAUUAGCUCGUGUAAAUUUUGCUCUGUUAGAACGCUAUUAGGUAAUGCUGCUGCUGAUGACUGAGGAGACUGGAGGCAUUAGCGUCGUCGCAAUGACGCAAGCUGGAUUAAUAUGUAACUUGAAUUAGAAGCUGCUGUGUACACACAUCAUUUAUUGUAUUUAUCAAGAAUAUGCAUAUUACUCUAGUGCCAGUAUUUGUUUCAUUUCAUCAUGAAUAUUUAUUUAAUUCCUAAGUGUAUUCAGCUAUUUUGUAUCGUCCACACAGUGUAUUUCACCUCUUUAAUUUGAAUGAAAUCAAAUCAUGUUUCUAUGUUAUUGACAGUAUUCUUUGUCAGCCAAUGUCCUUCAUCCAACCCCAUUUAAUGUCCUCAAAUAACACCUUUUUUUUUUUAAAAUGAAAUAAAAUAGUUUGAAUCCAUCCUCCUGGUUAUUGAAUAAAAGCUUAGACCUUGAAAUGUUCGGCAGCUUGUGAGUCGGUCAUGUUUCGGUAUUUCCUGCUCCUUAAUUACAUAUUUACAUACAGCCUGUGUGACAGGGUGAAUAUUCGGACAGGGCAUACUGUAUUUUUCAGCUGAAGCGGUAAGCGACGGGUCGAAGCAUCGAGGGACUUGACCCGCCGUCCCUCCUCCUACAUGUAGCAUCUGCUCUAUUCCUCCC